UUCAGACGUGUUGUUUGCUGCCUCAUGAGUUUCGUUUUCGUUUGUUUUUCUAAAAACAGUUGAACUGAAGGUUGACAUCUUCAGCUCACAGUUCUCGUUGCCAUUUUGAGGAACGGACCGUCAAAGCAAUGGACAUUGACGAAUGUGACUUGUAUACAGCAGGCACUGAGGGUCAAGAUGCUGGACCAUCUCUGGAUGACAUGAUGCAUCUAAACUUGUAUCGGCCACACUUGCUGUCAGAGGAGGACAUUUACACAGCUGGUGAUGAAAUGCCACAACCCUCAGCACCACUGGAUAUUGCUAAAUUUAAAAUCAAAGUGGACUGGACAGAACCAUUUCCAGAGAGAUGGAGAGCAAGAUUACAGAAAGCUCUUCAGAGCUGGGUGUCCAGACUGGAAGGAAGACCAUCAGUCCACAGCAUUAAACUCAUGGAUGAUCAAUCCUGUGCAGAGGUGCAGAUUACACCAUCAACAGCUCUAAAGGUUUUAAAAUGUCACAGGACUGCACCUCUACACUUUAAAAAUAUUAAGGAUGGUAAAGUUAAAGGAGAUAAGGAAGUGGCUGCACAGAUUUAUCUGGAUGAAGCACAUUCUGUGACUGACCUAAAGACCCUGCUGGAGGAGAACAAAGCUCCAUCAUCAAAGGUGAACAAAACCAAACCUGUGACUUCAGCUGUAUCAGAAGACACAGACAAUAGUGAGGAUGUUGUUGCAACUAACAGAGCUUCAGAUGAUGCUGAGAUCACACAAACAUUUAAAAGGACCCCCGAUACCUCAGCUGGACUCACUCUCCCCCCCCAUCAGUUCUGGUACAUUCUUCAUGCUUACAGAAAGGAGGUAGAGAAAAUCGAGGAACAACAUGGAGUCAGUAUGCAGGCAGAAGUGUCAGUCUCAUUCAGAUCCACCCAGAGAUCAAGCAGUGAUUCAGUCUCCAAAGCCUCCGAGGACUUUCAGAAACUUGUCAGUGAUUGUGUGGUUAAUUCUAGUGAUGCUGCCAUCAAUCAUAAUGACAUGAAUUUAGAUAUUGUGAAGCAGGCAAUUCGUACCAUUCAGUCUGAGGAGGCAAAGUUGAUGUUGACCAUGUCUGCCAGUAACCGCCUGUUCUAUGGACCAAAUAAAAUUACAGACUUGAUUAAAAGAGAGAAGCCUGAUUAUGGACCAGGAGCAGUGGGUGGAGCAGAAUGGGAUAAGGAAGUGAAUUUUAGAAGACGAAGUGAAGCAGAUACUGAUUUCAAUGAAGAUUUAAAAGGAAAUUCUAUACAUGACAGUAAAAGUGUUCAUGAUGAAGAGGAGACAUGUGCUAUUUGUAUGGACAGCUUCACCAACAAGAAAAAACUGAAAUGUGGGCAUGAAUUCUGUCAGGAAUGUAUAAGGCUGUCAAUGGAGAGUCUGGGAUCCAUCUGUCCUGUGUGUAAAAAAGUGUUUGGGAAAUUGGAGGGGAACCAACCAGAUGGAACAAUACAAGUAAAAAGGAGCAAAUAUCCAAGUCUCCCUGGAUAUCUAGACUGUGGCACUAUUGAAAUCAUCUAUGACAUACCCAGUGGUAUUCAAACGGCGAAGCAUCCAAACCCAGGAAAGCCUUUUCGUGGGGCAACUCGUCAUGCGUACCUGCCAGACAAUCGUGAAGGAAAUGAAGUACUCGCACUGCUGCGCAAGGCUUUUGAACAAAAACUGAUCUUUACUGUUGGGAGAUCUACAACUUCUGGCAUAGAUAAUAUCGUCACCUGGAAUGAUGUUCAUCAUAAGACCAAUAAAAAUGGUGGGCCUGAAAGUUAUGGCUAUCCAGACCCUGACUAUCUGAAGAGAGUAAAGGAUGAGUUAAAAGCUAAAGGCAUCGAAUAAGGUUUUGAUUCCCAAAUGCACAUCUAAGCCUAAUAUUUCCAAUAAACCAUUUAUAGAUUAUUACAAUUUAAUAUACACAUUUUAUAUACAGUGACUUUAAGAGAUAUUCAGACCCUUGAUUAGUUUACUGAAAAUCAAGCUAUAUAUUGAACUUCUGUUCUGUGUGAAACUCUGCAAAUCUGACAAGCAAACAGACUAACAAAACCUAAAACACAAUUAAUAGUCAAGAUAAUUAAAUACGUAUUCUAAAAGUAUGUGAUUUCUGACAAAGUAUCAUUCUGGAUAGCUCUUAAGGAAAACUAUACCAAUGAAGAAGAAAUAGCUCUAGCACUGAGAGAGUAUCUGGAAUGCAUAAGUAAGCAAAAGAGUAUGAAGUGUGCACAUACCUGUUAUGCAGAAGUGGAGAAUACAUCAUCUAGACACUGCUGAAAGAUG